UCCGCUCCUUUCUCGUUGUCUCUAGAUCACUCUGCUCUUUAUCCCGCUUUUAUAUUCAUGGCGCUGCCAUUGCUGAUGAAUAACAAUGAGUUCAAUCACGCUUUAGAGGUGUUCAGGAACGUGAGCUCCAACUCCAAGGCGGUCUCUCGAGCACGAUUCCUGCAUGUUGACGCUCAUGUGGCCACUGAUGUAGAUGUCUACAUUCCUGUAGCUAUUGCUGUGAACGCCCCGCCUCUUCCUGGAGCAAAUGCCGAGGUUUACAAGCUACCAAAGUUCCAUGUCCACGCCUUGGCAACUUUUACGGCUGUUGGAAUGCAACUCGCCCACUACUCUCCAAAGCUCAUCACCGAUCCCGCCGAGGCCAGCCAACAGGCCAAGCAUUUCCAGCAGUUUCUGACAGUGCUUGUCACCACAUUCCCGCAGUAUGUUUACCUCACGGCAGCGGCCAGCGAGGACAUGUCUGGCAGCUGCGACACGAUCUGGAAAGACGUCAGCGACUACCUGCAGCGCACCCACGACACUGAGACCGCUAACCAGAUUACCAAGACUUUGCAAAAGGCGCUGCUGCACGUCCCUACGUUUGCGCACGUCGAGGACAACACUAGUGUUCGGGCGCUGUACACGCUCUUCUCCUUCAGGUCGCCAGCCACAAACCCGGAGUUAAAUAUGUAUUGGGCGGACGCCACCAUGACAAAGAAGGCGGGGAAGAUCACCACCUGGGAAGCCACCAUAACCAUCACCAGCUUCACCGCUAAACUCAACAGUAAUUCCUUGGCUGCUGACGCCAACGCCUUGGCCAAAGUAAAGGCCAUGAGUGUUCAGAGCCUUGUGGAGGCGAUAAACUUUUUCGAUUAAUACCAUGAGGAAAAUCUCCUAAAGAAUAUUCCUGUGACAGCUUUCGUGACGGUGACUUAUCAGCAUAUACUCUUGUCAACGUUGUGAUCCAUUGAUUGGCCUUUCCAGGAAAUAUCACAUCCCCGAUGUUCUCUACUCAUCCUCUCAAAUCCCAGCCCGAAUCCAGAGUGCUUCACGAUCCCAUCGUCGCCAAUCCAGUACCACUCGUAUGUAGUUCUUCUACAUACGAGCCUGCAAGAAUCAAGCACACCAUUUCAGUGGCCCGGAGGUCGGCGAGCUUGUGGGAGGGAGCCUUUUCCCGCCUCGCGCACUAGCAUGCCGCCAUCUGGCCAUCAUCGCUAUGAAACGCGUUUUGAUAGUCGCAUACAAAGACGGGCCCUUGGAAGAGCUGCUCUGCGAGAUACCUGGAAUGAGAAGAUCACCAGAAAACGUUGAUUUUGGUUUCCCUCUAACACACCUUUGGUGCUUGCUCCAUUGCACAGGAGUUUCGAAGGGAAAGUCUUUCACGCAUAAGAUCACGCAAAGGAAAGAAUAAAUCUCGAUUGCUUGUG